UUAUAAUGUUAGCUUUUUUUUCAAUCCUCUUAGAAUCAAUGUUCUAACCGAUAAAUGUUCGAUUUUCUUCUGUAAAACAGAAAACUAAUUACUUUUCUAAAAGAUUAAAAGGAACCUAUUUGAAGAAAUAAUUCAAUAUGAUGAAGAUGUCAAGAUAUCCUUCGGACUGCAAAGUCUAUGUUGGAGAUUUAGGAAGCAGAGUAACUAAACAAGAAUUACAGGAUGCUUUCUCAUUUUAUGGACCGUUGAGAAGUGUCUGGGUUGCCAGAAAUCCUCCAGGAUUUGCUUUUGUUGAGUUUGAUGAUGCUAGAGACGCAGAAGAUGCUAUUAGAGGCCUGGAUGGUCGUACCAUAUGCGGAAGACGUAUUCGAGUGGAGCUAUCGAAUUGCAAAAGGUUGAGAGAUAGAGGUUCAUCACGACGAAGUGUAGCAAGACCAUUCCAUCCUGAAGACAAAUGUUAUGAAUGUGGUGAAAGGGGUCAUUACGCAAGAGAUUGUCCUCAACACAGAAGUUCUCGUAGAAAACGGAGAUGCGGCUGAACAGGCAUACACAUGAGAAAUGUGUUGCUACUGUGAUUCUCGCGAGAUUCGCCUUGGGUUCACUUUGUGACACACUGCGUAGUUACAGCGUAGAGCACUCACCUACUUUGGGUUUCCUUCUGCACUCUACGAGCGAGAGAGGCAAACACGGCCGACGGAGUGGCUAGUUCUGCGCACUACGAUACUUCCACUGACCACUGACAUCACCCUAGACAGAGAGUUAAUGCACAUCGGCACUUCUGGUAGCCUGGCCUUCUUCGUUCGACUUACUGUUUGUGCCUAGUCGUCGUCAUAGUACCUAGUGGUCACUGAGAGACAACGUUUUAGCCGUCUCGUCUAGCCACUCUUCGUCCGUUCAUCUGACCCUCGCGUGAUUUCAUCUGCAUACGUGCUCAUCCGCUCUCCCUUCCUGGCAUUGCCAUCGCGUGCUCUACGACUGUGUCUGCUAUAUGCAGACAGGAAAGAUGGUCUUACUCAAGGUCUCGAUCACGGUCACGUUCCCAAUCCCGAUCACGCUCACGUUCACGCUCACGUUCAAGAUCUCGAAGCAAACGUUCAAGGACACGUUCGUCUUCCCGCAGUCGUCGAUCCCGAAGCAAGAGUGGCCACGCCAAAGACAAAUUUCGCAAUAAGAGGAAGUCGAAUUCUAAGGAUCGUAGCCCACGACGAACUAAGUCUAGAACAGCAUCUAGAUCACGGAGUAGAUAGAUAUG